AUGUAUGAGCUUCUUGUGUUGAAUAACCAUUGGUUCUUUAAUCCUGAUGAGGAUAAAUCCCGUUUCAAAGGGCUCUUUCAACUCCUUAAUAAAAGUUAUGAUAAGGCUAGAUUCAAGUUUGGAAUCAUAAAGUCUACCAGAAUCAAGAAACCAGAGUCUGCUCUCGCUGAUCUUUCGAUAACACCAGAUCGAGACGUUUUCUUGACUAUACUUUUGGGUCCUGAAGAUUCUUUCUCAAAAUUAAAGCAACGAGACGACUACGAACGGAAUUUCUCUGUUCCUUCCAUGAGCCUUUCAGAUAGCUUCGACUGUGACAUUCCUAACGAGUAUCUUUCACAUUUCCCCAUUGAUGACAUAGAAAAAGAUUUAAAAGUUACAGUGGCAUCACCAGAUACCAAUAUUGAGAGUAUCCUUGGAAGAGCUUUAGGUACAGUUGGUGUACGCUCGAUACCAGAUACAAGUGACAAGCUGAUUAAACAUUUGGAACUCACAGCAUUUACAUCGUUAAGAAGGAACUUGGGGCCAAACUUACUAGAUGUACUUAUUAAUUCGUGCCUUUUGAACGAUGAUAUGUUUUCAAGAUUGUUGAAUGACCGACUUGAUCAGUUCAGCACCAUACGGUUACAUCUCGAUUGUAUCAGAGAACAUGGGUUGGUAGAGUACUAUUCCAGUACUUGUAAGUUCAUUAGAGCAGAUCAAGAGGAUGUUCGUAUUCAAAUCAACGAAAACAAUAGAACUAUCGGAGGCCCACUUGAAGAAGGGAUAAUCGCUACACAAGAUUUCCACAUUGCUUUUAUGCACCGAGAUGUUGCUGUCACCAAGCAAUAA